GUUACGUCGCUUCCGCUCGCCAUUUCGUGCAGCGUCUCUCCCCAGGGCCUGAGCUGCUCGCGCCGCCGCCAUCAUGACGGAUCGCUACACCAUCCACAGCCAGCUGGAGCACCUGCAGUCCAAGUACAUCGGGACGGGCCACGCCGACACCACCAAGUGGGAGUGGUUGGUGAACCAGCACAGGGACUCAUACUGCUCCUACAUGGGCCACUUCGACCUGCUCAACUACUUCGCCAUCGCCGAGAACGAGAGCAAGGCGCGCGUCCGCUUCAACCUCAUGGAGAAGAUGCUGCAGCCCUGCGGGCCUCCCGCCGACAAACCCGACGAGUCCUAGUCCGCCCCGCCCGGGUCCCGGCCCUGGGGCAGUGUGCCGUAGGGACGGGUUGGCUGGAGCUCCGUCGAGGUCGCCUGUCUGCCAGCCGAAGCCGAGCCUGGCACCACUGGACUGCCCCUACACCCGCAGGAGAGCCUGAGGAACUGUCCCAGUGAGCACGGGGAACUUCGGCGUCCGCGGCCCUCCGCCCUUGUGGUCCAUCUGCUCUCGUGUAUUGUUCCCUCCAAAGACUGUUUACAAGGAGUCAUGUAAAACACCUCCUGAACGGCUUUGAUUCAUUUGCUGUACAACCCUUCGUUUUUUUUACAAUGAAAAUUAAUAAAACUUAGUGGGCAUUUAUAAUGUUUUGUUUGGUAAUCUGCUAAUAAGAGCUUUUUGUUUUAAAACGAGUG